UAUCACUGCUGCACUGUAGAGCUUCAUCUUCAGUCAACAGACAUGCACCUCAUCCUGUGGAGUCUGUGUCAUGCUCUGCUCAGUGCCAGUCUGUUUCACACCAGUGUGAGAACAGAGGAUGGCUGUGCUGACUGGAGACUGUCUGAUAAUGGAAUCUGCUGUGAAGCGUGCCAUCCAGGGAACCGCUUUGUGAAGCACUGUGGAGAAGACCGUAAUCAGCUUUGUAAGCCUUGUGAUCCUGACACUUUUUUAAACCACCCUAAAAAGCCCUACUGUAACAGAUGCUCUCAGUGCAUAGACCCGAGGGUCGUAGUGAAAAACUGCACCCCCAGUUCUGACACUGUGUGUGGCUGCAAGGCUGGGCUCCGCUGUGGAAACUCACAAUGCUCUUACUGUGUAGAUGAGUGCAAAAAAGGCGAGGAACCAACAGAAGAACGGACUUGCAGGAAAUGUCCCCAGGGAACAUUCAAUGACCAAAUCCACAGCAAAUGCAAACCUCGGAGAACAAGUUGUCCUGAAGGACAGGAACUUGUGUCCAUAAGUGAUGCAUCUCUUAACAAUGAGUGCAAGCUAAAGGCCUCCACUUUGGCCCCUGCUCUGAUAACACCAUUGGAAUACAACACAGUGGAACCCUUAAAGACGAAAAUAGAGAAAAAAGAUGACACUUUCUGGCUACUAGCUGGAAUCGCUGGAUUCAUUUUUGUUCUCAUCUGUUUUGUAAUUUUAUACCUGGGGUUUGCUUAUCAAAGAGCAAAAAACAUGACCAAUACCGAGACCAAGGACCUGCGGCCAGAAACCCUUCCUCCAGAAGAGCUGAGGGUUAUGAUUAUGGAGCAUGAUGAUGCAUGCAGCUUCCGCCAGCCCGAGCAGGAACAAGGAGGAAGCUCCGAGUCUCUCAGCACGCAGGACUCCGAUUCCAAGCUCAUACUGUGAGCUUCAUGGAUAACGCCUAGAUUGUUUGUUAAUACUCAACUGAUUGGGAGCAGGCUCCUGGUGCUGAAGCUGUUUCGAAUCCAUGAUGCCCAAUUUAUCUGUUGGAUUGAUGGGGGUUAGAAACUUCGGACAGUUUCUUUCCACAGUCUGGGCUUUUGGCCUAUUUUGAUGACCAUAGGAUGAAGACAAAACUACCAGAACAUGUGAGAAGGCUUGCUAACAAAACUGGACGUGAGCAGCAGCAUUUUUAUUUAUGAGAAAAGGCCUGGAAAGGACAAACGUUUUGAAUGGGAAACUUUACAGAUGCUGAAACUGCUGCAACAAGAACAAAUGUGCAAGAACACCUACAUUUAUCAGUGAAGAAGGAAGCUUAUAAGAGACUUGAACAACGCUACAGGUUUACAUUGUUGCAUAUAGUUGUAAAGUGCACAAAGUGAGAGCCAGAAACAGACUAGCUUCUCAGCCAUGUAGGAGUGUAGAAUGUGAACCACAACUACUGACACUUCGCAUCGGAGUGGGUGUCACCUACGAUCUACUGCGUCACAUUUACAGGUCGCAGGCUUCUUGAAAUACCCUGGUGGGCUUCCCCCAGUUUCCUGUUGCAAAUGGCACUAUUUUAAAUGUCUCAUUCGAGAGAUUAAGACUGGCUCAGGGGGAGGAUGAUUGAGAAACGGUUAUUUUUUUACCUCAUAAAAUUCCUGGCACUGAAUUAGCAAUUGCCUGUUUCUUAUUUCUGCAAUGGUGAUUUUGUAAGCUUUUCUUAUGAAAUGCAACAGGUAUUUUAAUAUAACAAUUACAGACAAGCUGGUGUUGCUAAUGUAAAUACAAUACUGAUGACAGAAACUGUAAAUAUGAAAAUGUAUCGCAUUGUAUUGGUGUGUGGAAGAGCAGAAGGGAAGUUUAAAUUUCCUGUAAGCAGAAAUGGUGGGAGCACAUGUGUUCUCUGCAGGGUUUCCCCUGAAGGGACUUCCUUUCUAGGCCAUAGGGAAGCAUAGGAGUGGCAAGGAUUUCAGAAGAGUUAAGCAAGAGAGUACCUUUGACCUUACAAAACAUUAUAUAGCUGACUCAUCCUAGGCCGUUAAGGUAUAUUAUCCCUGACACUAUGUUGUGACAGCAUGUCGAAGAAUAAUACUCAGCAGUUUUGUCAUAUUUAGACUUUCCAGUGACUCACAGGGAGUUUACACAUGAAGUAGCCUGUGCGUGUUUUGAAAUCUGAAAUAGUUUGAAGAACGUGUGACUCAUGUGAGGAUAAAAUUCCACGUAUCUUCUAUUUGUAGUCAUCUGCUCUUAAGUGUACAUUCUUUAGGGAUGAGUAGCAAGUGUGAAUCACACGAGGUUACAUUCUUUUGUUGGCUCUAAAUCAGUGCUGAACUGGUUUAGCUUAGAAAGUUCUCCUCUUGCUGGUUUUACAUGGGAAAAUGCACUUUGUAUAGUUUGUCUUCACGUGAAGCAGCAAAUUCCAGGUAAUAAGUGAAUCUGACAUCUCAUCUUUGCCCACAGUUCAUAAGGACAUAAACCACUAACUGUUUAUCCUAAUAACACAGACCUGCAGGCCAGAAAGAAUUAGGGGAACUCUAGGCAGCUAACAACACCACGUGGAAAAACCCAGAGAAUCCUGUAGUGAAGGUUAGCUGGCCAGGGUGGAACUGUCCACUCAAUGUUUGUCGCUCAUCAAAAGGUCAGCAACCUGGCAUCACAAACUAAAUUUAGGCGGUCAGGGAGAUAACAUGCUGGUACAUGGUAAUGAUUAUUGUUACAGGGACAUUACAAUUUCUUCAGUUUUAGUGUUGAACUUUGACACAAGCAGUGCUUCCUUUUAUACUCUAUGCUGAUGUUGCUAUAAAGUGUAAAAAUCUACAGUUUGUGAGCAAACUUGUUUGUGCAAUACUACUUCCCUGUUAAAUAAAAUGACAAAUCAUGUUAACCAUUUUACAGAAGUUAUGAAGUACACAAUUUUUCCUUAUUAUUGUUAUCUGUUAAAACUUCUGAACAGUUUUUGUUUUCACACGAAGUACAAAAUUCCAAGUGAAUUUUAGUGGUAACCAAAAUAAAAAUAAGCUACUACUUUACAGCUUCCAAGCUACCGCUUCACUCUAUGCUAGGAAUAUAAGUUUUAUUUUGAGACAAAUCUUUUAAAGAGGUGCUUCCCACAGCUUCUGUCACAGAAAAUACUUCGCAUUUUGAGCAAUAAAUGAAGGAAACAAAAUUCUACUUUCACUAAGCAUAAAAAUAAAACAGAUAAAACAUAUAUAGAGCUGCAAGGUGUUACAUUAUUAAUGCCUCUACUUUAA